AUGGCAUCAGAUUUGAGGUCUUCCUUUGACACAAACGACCAAGAGAUCUCGUCAGAUAUAUUAAGAAUACCUUAUUUACAAGCUUUUCUGAAUGAUAAGCCGAAACAGUCUUUUGAUGCUAUUCAACAUAGGUUGAGGGGUGUAAAAGUGCUGUAUCAAGAAAUCGCGGAUUACUUUAAAGAAAGAAUGAUAAUAGAGGACAAUUAUGUCAAGAGUCUUCAACGUUUAGCAAAUAAAACAUUCGUGACGGAUAGGUCGCAUUUAUGUGCCUUUGAAAGUGUAUGGGAUACGCUAUUUAAUGAACUUCAAGAGAUAAUUACUAUGCGCUCACAUUACAUUACAAAAGUAACAAAAGAAGUUGAGACCCCUCUGCGCGAGAAGAUCACGGAACCAACAUUAUUACAAUUAAAACAAGAAGAAAUCAACAUAGGCAAAUUAACAAAAGAAUAUGAAGAAAGGCUUGCCAAAAUGAAUAAGCAAAGGAUCAAGACGGAAAAGCUAUCGGGAAAAAAGGCAGAAACUUCUGAGAGCAAACUUGCGGAAGCUCAAAACGCAUUUAAUCAAAAAAAAGAAGAAUGGCAAACUGAAUGGACGAAAUAUCUCGAGAAAUCACAGAUAGUUGAUUUUACAAGAUGGGUUAAUAUUAAGGAGGCCCUUAUGCUUUUUGAAACUUUACAAGUUGAAUCGUUCCAAAAAGGAAUAGAGAUGACGGAAAGAAAUUUGAGUAAAAUAAUGGAAUUCGAUGCUGAAAAUGAAAUUUUCGAAUUCUGUUCUAGAAAGAUAAAGGCUACCGAAGGAAAUUCUUCGGAUGAGUUAAAUCUUUCUCUACCAACUCAUUCUCAUUUCAGAUCUGCUUUUGGAACAGUAAGACGUAGAAAGAUGUCUUCAUACAUUGCAGAGAACACGCAGCCUCAGAAAAUAGAUAAUGAGGAUAUACACAAUGAAUUGAAAAGUUCUUCAAAUACUGCUUUUAAUACACCAAAUGAAGGUUCAUCAUUUACUGAGAUCUCUGUGCCAAAAGUUCUCAUUGAUUCCGAAGGCUAUUCAAUACCACGAACUUCAAAUGAUGACAUUGAUUCUGACGCAUUUUCCGAUGGUACAGGAAGUUUUUCUGUCUCGCAAGAAAAAACCUUGCGUGUAGAGAUCAAACCGAUCAGUACCGAAGUUAACGAAGCAGAUGAUGCUGCUGCAAUGUCCCUUGUGGUGACAGCUCUCAAAUCGGCACCAACAAUUAAAAAUCGAACACCACGUGGCCGACGAGAUCGAAACACCAUUUAUGGUUCGGAGGGUUCAAAUCUUGACUCGUCUGCUUCUUCUCAUAGAAGUUCCGAAAGACAAAAAAGUUUUACAUUACCGUCACCGAGUAUUUCUGAAUUUUCAGAAGUUAUAAGCCAUCCGAGGGCAAUGUCAGAUUCGGAAAUUCAUUCUUACGGAUUGCGUGUUUCAAUAACAGAGACAAUUAAUGUAAUAUCUAGGGGAGGAGGCGAGAUAAAACUCCUUGUUACUGGUGACAUAAGCAUUUCAUACAAUCGUCCAUCGGUGAAUGACAUUUCAACACCAAUUCGGAUUAAGAUAAAUAAUUUUGACGUAAUUGAAAAAUCUGCACCGAAUCAAUCAUAUCUUCGUGAAGUUCCAGGAAGCGUUGGUUCCUAUGACAUCGAUACUGGUAUGUUGUCUCUGGCUGGGGAUAUUCCGGUAGCGGUGAUGAAAUAUCAACUUCACAUUGAUUCUGAGAAUACGAACGCAUAUAUCCCGCUUCAAAUAACGCCACAUUGGAAGUGCGAACCAAAUCAACUGGCUCUCGUUAUCGUGUACCAAGCCAAUAACAAAUGCAAACUUUCAGGCACAUUGACAGAUCUUUCAUUUAUAAUACCUGUUGCUGGAGAAGUUGAAAGUGUACAAUCUAAGCCAACUGGAUUGUGGAAUACCGAGAAACAAAUGAUGUAUUGGCAAGUUGAUGAUCUUGAUCUUGCUGUUCCGUCUGAACAGAACAAAUUGUUAGCACGAUUUGUAACUGGUCAAAUGUCUCAUCCGGCGCCGGCAGCUGUGAAAUUCACGUGCAAAGGACAAUUACUUAGCGCUAUUUCUUUAGAAAUCGAUCAAACUAACAUAAAAGACCAGAAUGUAUUUGACAACCCCAAAUUGCAGGAAGUAGAAUGUCAAGUGGUCAGUGGCAAAUUUAUUGUUUCACCAUAG